GGAGACGCGGUAGGGUGAUUGGAGAAGUCCGACGUUGACGUCAUGACGUCAGAGCAGCGGCGUGUGGGACCCUGCAUCCUCCUCGCCCGCACCCCCAUGUCCGGAGAGACACACGUUAUCAGGGAGGCAGCCGAAGGGCCAGUCAUCUCCUCACAUCUUUUCUGCAUCUGCCACAAUCCCCUUUAUCCUUCCUGUAUGGUGGAUAUUAUUUUCAGCUCUUCUUUCUUGGGUGAUAUGGGGGAUCAUUCCAAAAAGAAGCCAGGAUUCGCGAUGUGUGUAGGAUGUGGAAGUCAGAUCCAUGACCAGUACAUACUGAGAGUCUCUCCCGACUUGGAGUGGCAUGCAGCCUGCCUGAAGUGUGCAGAGUGCAGCCAGUACCUGGAUGAGACCUGCACUUGUUUCGUCCGGGACGGCAAAACUUAUUGCAAAAGAGAUUAUGUAAGGCUGUUUGGAAUAAAAUGCUCUAAAUGCAACCUGGGAUUCAGCAGUAGCGAUUUGGUGAUGAGAGCCCGGGAUAACGUGUACCACAUCGAGUGUUUUCGGUGCUCGGUGUGCAGCAGGCAGUUGCUACCGGGAGACGAGUUCUCCCUGCGGGAAGACGAGCUGCUGUGCCGGGCGGACCACAGCCUGCUGCUGGAGAGGAGCUCCGCAGGAAGCCCCAUCAGCCCCGGACACGUCCACUCCAACAGACCGCUGCACCUGGCAGACCCGGUGACGGUGCGGCAGGCCCCGCAUCGGAACCACGUACACAAGCAGUCGGAAAAGACGACGCGGGUCAGGACGGUUCUGAACGAGAAGCAGCUGCACACGUUGCGGACCUGCUACAACGCCAACCCGAGGCCGGACGCGCUGAUGAAGGAGCAGCUGGUGGAGAUGACCGGCCUGAGCCCCAGGGUGAUCCGGGUCUGGUUUCAGAAUAAGCGCUGCAAAGACAAGAAGAAGUCCAUCUUGAUGAAGCAGCUCCAGCAACAGCAACACAGUGAUAAGACUGUAAGCAUCUUCAAUCUGCAGGGCCUCACAGGGACGCCGCUUGUGGCCGGGAGUCCUAUAAGACAUGAGAGCACCGUGCAGGGAAACCAAGUGGAGGUUCAGACCUACCAGCCUCCAUGGAAAGCCCUGAGUGAGUUCGCCCUGCAGAGUGACCUGGACCAGCCAGCCUUCCAACAACUGGUGUCUUUCUCUGAAUCGGGCUCUCUCGGGAACUCCUCUGGCAGCGACGUGACUUCUUUGUCCUCUCAGUUACCGGACACCCCCAACAGUAUGGUACCCAGCCCGGUGGAGACGUGAAACGGGGCCCCUCAGACCAGUCGGUCCCCGCUCCUGCAAGGACAAUUGCAGCAUGAUCCCCAUGGUCCCCUGCAUGUGACCAGCUCAUCACAUCGCCCAAACAGACAGGAGAGGGUUUUUUUGCCCCCUGCCAUGUAGGAGAUGGAACAAAGAAAGCACCAAUUGACUCAGUUUUUUUGUGGAGCUUUCAUUGACAAAAAACUAAGCAGAACAAUUGUUGCAUGAUUUGAUACGGAGAAAGAUGAUGUACAGAAGACCUCCCGAUGGAUAUACUACAACAAACCUUCCCUCAAAAACAAGCUGGAAACAUUUCCAUGUCGAAAACAGCUGCGGUUUCAUUGUGAUCAUAUUGUGUCUUGUUUCUUCAACAUGAGAAUUUUUUGAUACAUUUAUUGCGUUGACGAGUCCAGUUGACUCUUUGUCUUAAGGUCAGAGCAUGAUAAUCUGCAAACCUAUUCGUGUUGUAAAAUACUUUAUCUUAAGGGCAGGAUACAGGUUGUUUGAGCUUCUCGGACAAAAAGUAAAUUAUUGUUAUAUUAUUUAUUGUUAGGAAAGCGAUUCGUAAAGGGAUUAUUAACUGAUACAAAAAUAAAAACCCUGAAUACAUAAAGUGUCUUGGUGACCAAUCUAUGUACAGAUGCAGUUUUUUUUACCCAUCAAUUUAAUGUCGCUUUGGCAUUUGCAAGCCAAUAUAAUAAUCAUCUAAUUUAUUUGAAAAUCCAGCUCUGAAAACAGUUAAUUAUAACUGUCCAUGUUUCGUUGCAAAAGUAUGACGAGAAACAAAUUAAUUGCACGGACCUAAUAAAUUUUUGUUUUCCGGGGAACAUAUGGUGGCAAAGUCAAAUUCACUGACCGAAUCCAAAGAGGCGACAGAUCGUUACUCCUCAUGGCAGCGAGUCACUUCCGAUUUGGGAAACGUGUGCAACAAAUGCAGAGCUUCUAGGGCCGGUUUAAAGAACAGAUUUAAAGCGUUAAAAGUAAAACAAAUAUUAAUUCCAGUUGCUCUGAAUAGGUUGUUUGUCCUGUUCAGCAGUUGGCCCACCUGAAUAUAAAGUCUGGAGGCUCUG